GGACUCGUCGCUCGUCGUCCACACCCUCCUCCUCGUCGUCGUCGUCGUCGCCCACACCAUCCCCGUCACCACCACGGUCGUUCCCCACCCAAAGGGUACGAGCUCUUUUGCUUUGCUCUCCCACCUGGAUGAUGCGAGCAACCUUCCACAUUCUUCAGAAUAUUAUCCUCCGCUCUUCCUACGCCUUCUUUGCUCCCUCUACUCCAGCUUGUUCCCCUUAGACUCAUCCAAUUCACUUAUUUUAUCUUCAUAUUCCUCUACAAUGGCUGCUCUUCCUUCUCAGAACUCUCCCUGGCCUGCACAGACUCCUUCCCCGCCAACAUCGCCCUCCAGAUCAAAAAGAAAGAGACAACAUGACCUGCGCUCUCCCCGUCAAUCCACAGUAGCCGCUAGACAGAUAUCAGAAGACCCCCAAUACGUCGCUGCACAGACUCAGUGUGAGACUUAUUCUGGUAACAACAUCGUCUCUUGUUUCCCGUCAAACGGUACUGUUGUACUCCAGCAUCAGUAUGCCGGCUUCGUUUGGAACAGUCGUCGUCCUCAAAUCACGCAGACAAACCAAGUCAACUUGUACCUUUAUGAUGCUGAUUCUCUUUCACAACUAUUUGCGUGGUAUAACAAGUCUAAUCCUCUCAACGGCACCCCUGGUACCUUCACUACCCUCGUCAAUGACACCUGGUUUGGCGAAAAAGGCGCUUCUUGGGCCCCAGGCCAGAAUAUGUCAUACCAAUAUUUCUGGAUACUGACCAGCGCAGAGGAAGGACUAGAUGGCUCUCAGACGACACAGCCAACUUUCACUGCUCUACAAACCACCUAUCUAGACUCGGUCGCUUCCUCAAUAUCAUCAGCGUCCGUUGCUUCCGCCUCCUCAGCUUCACUUUCAUCUGUCCCCACCUCUGUCACUACAUCAGGUUCAGCCGAAACUUCCAUCAGCUCUCCUGGGAGCGUCCAAUCUCAAGGCGACAAAACAGCAAUUCCGCAUUGGGCAAUCGCUGUCAUAGUCGUGCUAGGCUUCCUUGCCAUAGUAGCUGGAGGGGUGAUGACAUGGCUCAUCAUGCGUAGAUUACGCAGACGUAGUGCGUCUUCAAAUCGGGGAUCCAUGGGGUCAUCGUCUCCCAUGAUGGCGAACGUCCAGAACUCCAACUCGCCUCAAUUACCGCUUCUGGGUGGUAUGGGCGCAGUCGGUGCAGGAGACCACGCCACGUCUGACCAGCAUCACGCACCAUCAGUCGUAUCACCUGAUGGCGCAUCCACGAUCUCGCGUGCAAAUUCUGCUGGUGACUCAGGCCCAUUUUCUGGUGCCGAUGCUGCGAUUAUGGCGGAUGCUUUCAGGAAGGCACUCCGAAAACCCGAUUUCGCGGGUGCCCCUGUAGAUGAAGGGGAUGGGUCGGACCCGCAGGAUGGUCGGAAGGACAAUGAACUAUUGAGCAGAGAGCUGGCAGAAGAAGGUAGAGAUAUACGGAGUGUCAGCUCGUCGAGAGGGGUUAGAGUGGAAACCCUAAGUGAUGCUGGUGAUACAGUGCAGGACCACUAGCCCCAGGUUUCAUCGUACGCGUUUUGUUUUCUACAUUAUUCGUGAUUUGGUUCUCAUUGGUGGUUGUAUAUCUUCUCGGAUACCUUUUUUUUUUUUACCUUCUAGUCGUAUUCUGAUGUGGCAUCGAUAUGCGAUGUGUAGUUGCGUUUCCCCCUUCGUUGUCGCUUCUGACGAUUUACCUCUUAUACGCCUUAUACUUUUGCGGCCUGUUCACUUUAUUACACGGCUGGUUUCUUACCUUUUGUCAUGGCACUUGGUAGUUCCUAGCAGUGGCCGUUUUGCUUUCUUACUUGGACUCUCGUAUUCCCCCUAGUUGAAAUCACUCAAAUAACCUGUCUACGUGUUCUCGCUCAUCGUGGGUCUUUUCGCUCUUUAUGCCCCAUCCCACUUGUCAAAUAUUCCUCGGACUCUGAUUCCCACUCCUACCCUCAUUUCCGUUUCCCAUGCCCCCCCCAUCUUUUUCAUCUGCGCAUGGCCGUAUCCCAAACUUUGCAUGUGCCUCACACCCACCGGUGCCGUUCUCACUGCGAUUCCACGCUCCUUUUUUUACCUAUGGUUUCAUGCUGCUAGACGACUUAUGUUUUUUGGGGGGCGGGGGGAAGAAAGGAAAAACGAGCACUUUUGUAACAGGUUGCUUGAGAUACCAUAGUACGACGCCUCUUUUUUUUUUCUUUUAAUAAUAUGAUGAUGAAGCAACAACA